AUCAGUACCUGAAACUUUCAAGUAGAAGACUCCGGCCGGCGUUAUUCUAAAUCUCCGGCAUCAAUGGCCAUGUUCUCGCAUCGUCUCCGACGAAUAGUUGUCGCCGCACCUUCCUAUUUCCAACGAUUCUCCACUCUAUCUCGUCCCUCCGAUUUCACUCCCGUGCCAUCGUUAUUACCGAGAUCUGUGGUGAAGCAAUCGACGGCAAUUAAUCGAUCUCCCGCGAGAUUGUUCUCGACGACUCAGUAUCAGUAUGAUCCAUACACUGGAGAAGAUUCUUUCAUGCCGGAUAAUGAAGGAUGCGAUUUUAAUCAUUGGUUAAUUACAAUGAAUUUCCCUAAAGAUAAUCUUCCAUCUAGAGAAGAAAUGAUUUCGAUUUUUGAGCAAACUUGCGCCAAAGGACUUGCUAUUAGUUUGGAAGAAGCUAAGAAGAAAAUUUAUGCAAUUUGCACAACAAGUUACCAAGGUUUUCAAGCAACAAUGACUAUAGGAGAAGUAGAGAAGUUUAGAGAUUUGCCUGGUGUUCAAUACAUAAUACCUGAUUCGUAUAUUGAUGUUGAGAAUAAGGUUUAUGGAGGAGACAAAUAUGAGAAUGGAGUGAUCACACCUGGGCCUGUUCCUGUCCCUACUAAAGAGGGGUUUGAUUCUUUAAAGAAGGAGAGUAAGCCGGAACAAGAGGAAGCUGAAAUAAUUCUAACGCCUCCAGAUGAGGGUAAAACCUCAGGACAAGUGCAAGGUCAAGGAAGUCUAACGCUUCCAGAUCAGAGGAGUGUCAAGGAAAGACAAGGAACUCUUGCUCUAGUACAAGGCCAAGGUCAAAGAAGUGGAAUGUCUAUCCUUGGACAAGGGCAAGGUGAAGGAAGGCGAAUGUCUAUUCCUGGACAAUGGCAAAGUCGAGGUCAAGGAAAUUCAUUUCAAGGGAGUUUCAAGCAGAGCCAGGGAACUCUGCCCGUGCGAAAAGGGCAAACUCAAAUAAGUGAUGAAAUACCUUCGUUCCAAGGAAAUGUUAAGCAAAGACAAGAAAUGCCAAUCCAUGGACAAGGGCAAGCUCAACGAAGUCAAAUGCCUUCAUCUCAGGGGACUCUAAGACAAGGACAAGCUCAAGGAAGUCAAAGACCUUCCAAUCAGGUGGGUUACAACCAAGGUCAAGGAGCUCAGACGCCUCCAUACCACCAAGGUCAAGGAGCUCAGACGCCUCCAUACCAAGAAUCACCAAACAAUUACGGUCAAGGAGCAUUUGUGCAAUACAACCAAGGGCCACCACAAGGAAACGUUGUCCAAACGACACAAGAAAAAUACAACCAAAUGGGCCAAGGGAAUUACGCUCCACAGAGUGGUGGAAACUAUAGUCCUGCACAAGGAGCAGGAAGUCCAAGAUUUGGAUAUGGGCAAGGUCAAGGAGGUCAGUUAUUGUCUCCAUAUCGAGGGAAUUACAACCAAGGCCAGGGAACUCCGCUGCCAGGACAAGGCCAAGAAGGUCAACCUUCAUAUCAGAUGGGUUUCAGCCAAGGCUUAGGAGCUCCGGUGCCUCCGAACCAAGUAAUACCAGGCAAUUAUGGUCAAUGGGCAUUUGUGAACUACAACCAAGGACCACCACAAGGUAACUUUCUCCAAGGACCACAACAAAAUCACAACCAAGGAGGUCAAUGGAAUUACAGUCCACAGAACGGUGGACACUAUGGUCCUGCACAGUUUGGACAGUGGUAUCCUGGACCCCCUCAAGGUCAAGGAAUUCAAUGGCCCCAAUAUCAGCUUAGUUACAAUCAAGGCCAAGGAACUCCAUUUUCUGGACAAUGUCGAUGUCCAAAUUGUGGAAUGACUUCAUACCAGGGGUAUAACAAUCAAGGCCAAGGAACUCAUAUCCCUGAACAAUGGGAAGGUCAAGAUUAUGCAGUGCUUUCAUAUCAGGCUAGUUACAAUCAAGCCCAUGGAGCACAGGCGCCUCCAUACCAUGGAAACUACAAUCAAGCAACACCAGGCGGUUACGGUCAAGGAACAUCUGCAAACUUCAACCAAAGAUUUCCAGUGAACCCCGCAAAUUACAAUAUGCAGAACGGUGGAAACUAUGGUCCUCCACAUGGAUUAGCAGGAAAUCCAGGAUUUAGACAAGGGUUUUCUGGACAAGGACAGAAUCAAACAUUUCAACAAGACGAUCAGAGAAAUGUAGCAGGUGACUUGAGAAACAAUAAUCCUGUAGACCCAACUGAAACCAGAAAACCAAAUUCUCGAAUAUAAGCGAGAUUACUCAGUUUGCUUGUCUCAAAUGAAGAUUAGAUGAGAGGCAAAUAAACUUCUUGUUGAAAAUUCAGUUUAUACUUUAUAGAUGGACUUCAAAUAUCCCCUACAAAAUUUUCGAGGCACUUUUAUAGUUCACUUAAAAGUGAUAAAUUAUAGAGUUGGGAAAUAUUGGCCCAUUCACACAAUAGGUUGGGUGUAACGUAAAAAAAAAAAAAAUGUUUCGUGGCACUGAUACUAUAGCAAUUCUCUUUGUAUAAGACUGGAUAAUAAAGUCAUAGGGCCUUUUUACAUAGUGGGGGCCAAAAUUAACAUAAGGCUGCUAGAGAAGCUUAGGCCAUGACAGGUCUUUCUUGGUUUUUCUUUAGAGGUGGUAACUUUGAC